AGCAAGAGAGAGAGAGUGAGAGAUAUGGAUUGUGGGAUGCCAGAUGCUCUAGUUCAGAGUGCUUUUAAAAAAAGGAAACAGAGAUACUGACACCAAACUGAGCUUCACAGACUGCAGUCUCCCCAGGGCUGAGAACAGCUGCAGGGGUAUACCAGUACUCUCUGCUGCUCCAAAAGCAAAGCCAAGCAUCGCUAUUUUCACAGACAUCCCGCGUGGAUGUGCGCUGCUCUGAGGCAAAGCACGGACGUUGCUCCUGCUUCUGAUUUCCACGUUAUUCCUUGGAAUAAGGGAAAGGUGCAAGCAGAAUAGGAGCUAGGAACAUGGGCUGUCCUGACAGGUAGAUCCAGGAUUGCAGCUGGAACCCGACACCAGUGGACAGUUGGCACUGUGGCUGGCUGAAAGACCCGGGACAAACAGACACAGACCAAGACACAGACAAAAGGAAGUAGGAUGUCAAGUUUUGGGAAACUUACAGAUUACUUCAUCCGGCGAAAGUCUCAGGAGGAGCUGCGUGGGGGCAGGAGAGACUCUCAGAGAAGUGGCAGCUAUUGCUGCACUGUAGCUGAAGCCAGGUCACUGGAAAAGAAGCUGCAGAGACCUCUCCUGGCCAAGUCCCGCACACUUCCCAGCAUUCCUCAGUCCCCCACAGCCACCAGGAUACACCACUACGACCUGGUGGGCAGCAGUCAGGAUCAGAAUCCCUCUCGCAGAAAACCAGCUCUAGGCACCAGCCUCCCUAAGAUACCCUCACUGCCCGCUGCAGGGGAGACAUGGUCUCUGAGAGAUGACAUCGGGCUGUGCACAGGGGCAAGGCCACGCCCCCAAUCGCCGCUCUCCCACUUCCGCGCCCGGGCUGCCGACUUACGCAAGAGCAUGUCAUUGGAUGAGCAGUUGGGCAUCGGGAAGCCCGGUGGCCCGCCCACCGACGGCAAGAGCCAGUGCAGCGGCAAAGGGAAACUCAAGAGGAAGUUUAGUCUUGGAUCUGCUGACAGGAAGGAAGCUCAGCAGAAGAAGCCGGAGUUGGGUAUGUCCAAGUUCACACAACGCCUUGCCCUCAAAGACCGGCAGGCCAAGCCAGACAAGACGGCCGCGCACAGACCACCAUCCUACAGAAGGCGCUCCCUGAGCCUGGACUGGGCUGACUAUCCCAAAAUGACCCAGCCUCAUCCGCCAUUGGCCAGGAAGUCGGCCAGCCUCUCAUCGCCCAGCGCUGCCCGCCGACUCUACCGAAAUCUGUCUGGCAAGUUCCGCGUGGGACACCUCGGCCUGGAGGAGCGCCUGGCGUCAGGACGAGGAGACAAGGCCGCCAUGUUCCAGAGCAACGAGGCCCUUUUCGAGGCAGUGGAGCACCAGGACCUGGACCUGGUGCACCUGCUGCUGUCCCAGUACAGCCUGGAGGAGCUGGACCUCAACACACCCAACAGCGAGGGCCUGCUGCCGCUGGACAUCGCCAUCAUGACCAACAAUGUGCCCAUGGCCAAGCUGCUGCUGCAGGCCGGAGCAAAGGAGAGCCCGCACUUUGUGAGUCUGGAGGGCCGGGCGAUGCACCUGGAGAAGCUGCUGCAGGAGGCAGAGCAGCGGGUGACGGAGCUGCAGCCGCAGGUGGCCAGCGAGGGGCCCGGGGAGCGCGAGGCGUCCGACCGCGAGAGGCAGCUCAAGGCCUGGGAGUGGCGGCACAGGCUCUUCAAGCGCAUGAAGACCGGGUUCGAGCACGCCAGUCCUCCUGAAGCUCCAAGCAAUGUCCGCCUGUCUGUCAGCAGCAGCUCCAGCCUGAGGGUCACCUUCCAGGAGCCGCUCAGUGUUAAUUCUGCCGUCGUGACAAAAUACAAAGUGGGGUGGAGCCUGGUGCCCUCGAUGAGUCCGCUCCUGGGAGAGCUGGUGCUGGAGGACUGCGGCGCUCUGCAGUGCGGUAUCGCGGGACUGGCGUCGGGGACGCAUCACUACGUGCAGGUGUCCGCCUACAACAUGAAGGGCUGGGGCCCCCCACAGCCGUCCGUUCCAGCCUGUGCAGCCCCCUCCUGCUGGAGGGACGCUGAGAGGGGCCUGCCACGUCUGAGGGGCCAGAAGGAGGUGCUGGACCAGCUGCUGGGCCGCAUCAAGGAGGCCCACAGACACUGCGCAUGUCACGAGCAGUGCAAAGCACCAACACAUGUGAGAAAACACUCCGUGUCCAAAAGCAUCCGUCACCUCUUCCAGCCCACCAGCAAAUUCGUGAAAAGCUUGAAGAGGGGCCUGUACUUGACUUCAAUAUUCUAUAAGGAUGAUAAGGUGUUGGUCACAUCUGAGGACCAGAUCCCCAUUGUGGAGAUCGAAGACUCUUACUCCAGCUCGCUGAUGCAGGACUUCCUCUGGUUCACCAAGGUGUCCUACCUGUGGGAGGAGAUCCCGUGGCUGCUGCAGUGCUUCAGCCCUUCCCAGUCCUCCUGCUCCUGCAGCCUGCAAACGCGGCUCAAGAUGCUGCAGGCGGUGUCCCAGCUGCAGGGCAUGCUGGGAACUCAGGACCUGGGACGGGUGUACUACGAGCCCGUCAAGGACAAGCACGGCAACGUGCUGCUGGUGACGCUGCUGGACCUGAACUCCGGCCCCGGCCCGGACGGGGCACGCUGGGCGCAGCUCUGCAAGCUGCAGCUGCAGCGCAAGUCCGUCUCCUCCCCCGAGGAGCCCACCGCCCUGGACACGCUGCUCGUCACACUGCAGGAGAAGCUGGCCUACCACCGACGCAGCUGGCUCACGCUCUCCCCGGGCCUCUAUCUGGGCUAUCUGAAGCUCUGCAGUUCUGUGGACCAGAUCCGAGUGCUCGUGCCCCAGAAGCUGCCCAACAUGCUCUGCCACGUCAAGGUCCGAGACAACAGCAAUGUCUCCAGGGAGGAGUGGCAGUGGCUGCAGGCCCUCACCAGUUUGGAAGAGUCUCUAGAGAUGGACCAGGAUAUCCAGAGUGCCCCGCAUCACUUCCUGCAAGACCUGCGCAGGGCGUGCAAGGAACUCAUGGCUCUCGUAAACAUCCCUGCCGACCAGGCUCAAGACUUCCGCAUCUACAACCAGGAGGUGCUGGAGUUUGGCGAGAGGGUUUCCUUCCUGCUGCUUUUGCCCCCCUCAGAAGACGUGUGCACCAUCCCAGGCCAGAACAGCCCCUUCUCACCCCGCGCUGGCUGUCUCAUCCUACCUCUGCAGAUCUUUGAGCUAGUUCACUUCCACGCCUACCAGCAGAGCUUCAUAGGGCAGUACUGCCGGGUGUCAGCCCUGCUGGAGCUGGAGUCGCUGACAUCCCAGCAGACACUGCGGGAGGCCUUCUCUGAGUCAGAGGUGCUGGCGGCCAAGCAGAAGCACCAGCAGGUCCAGGAGCACCUACAGCAAAUGGAGGAGGUGUGGAAGGAGGUGCGCUGGAUCAUGGACGCUCUGCAGUACGCCCGCUACAAGCAGCCCUCCGGGGGCAUCUCCCUGAGCUGGAUCAUAGACUUCUCCCAGGACGUGGCUCCCGAGAAGCCCCGCUCCCCGUCCUCCCUGCUGGACUUCCUCCCCUCCCCCGCCCCCUCCCCCGAGAGCAGCCGUAAGCACAACUACGAUUUCCAGGGGCUGUCAGAUGAAGACGUCUUCCUCGCCACAGACAGCGACUAUGACUCCAGCCGGGCACAAAGUCCCCGUGAGCUGGACCUGCUGCCGUCCUCGCCCUGCUCCCCAGGGGUGGAGCCAGGGGGUUACCUCUGCCAGGGGGUAGGGGGGCGCGGCAGCGGCCGCCUGAGGGGCUCCACGCCCGACGUGCUGCAGACCUCUGAGCCGCCGCCGCUGCCGCAGGCCGAGCCGAGGCAGCGCCGGCACCCGGCCGAGCGCUUCGACGGAGACUUCAUCCUGCCCAGCCGGCAGAUCGAGCUGCUGCGCAUCACCGAGAAGCGGCAGGCCUUCUGCGUGCGCACCAGCAGCCUGGAGCUGCCCCCGUCCCCGUCCCCGCACCACGCCUGCCACCGGUCCUUCUCCCGUGACCGCUGCUGCCCCCACCCUCACCCGCCCCCCGCCCGCUCCCUCUCUGAGGACAGCGGCUCCCUGCUCGUCUCCAACCGCUCGCCCGGCGCCCACAGGAAGUGCUGGCGCACCACCCUCAAGGUGUACCCGCAGUACCACACGGGGCUGCCCGGGGACACCAGCGUCAAGCUGCGUGUGACCCAGGGCACGUCGGCCCGGGAGAUGGUGCGCCUGGUGGUGCAGGAGAUGAACGAGGUGUCCCGGAGGCUCCUGGGAAACCCCGAGCGCUUUGUGUACGGCCCGGAGCAGCUGGAGCACUUCUGCCUGGUGCUGGUGCUGGAGGACAAGGAGAAGUGGCUGCAGGAUGAGUGCUGUCCACUGGACCUGCAGAACCCCUGGCUGCAAGGCCGGCUGUGCGUGCGCAUCAAGGAGCACUCGCCCUUAGCGCUGCAGUGCGCCCUCUCCACCACUGUGUGAGCGGUGCUUGGGAGGACCACGGCUUUCCCACAAUACCCCCCUGUUCUCACAGUCUCUCUGCCACUCGAUGAGGGAAAGGGGUUUGCCCCCUUAGAUUAAUACAUACAGAGCAGAGAUGGACCCCAGGUUUAGCUGGAGAUAUCGCUUCCUGGUCGCUCUUGUUGUUGCCGUUUUUGCUUUGUCAGUCAGACAAGUAUUGUUACUGCCAGCAGCAGAUUAGUUUGUCUGUUGUUCUAUGAAUAGUGCUGUGAGAUCAAGUCUUUUGGGUCCUCUUCUCACACAGUGAUGCUUCCUCUUCCUCUGGACACAUUUGGCAUAAAACCUGGCACAAUGUGAAGGGAAUUGUUUGAGUUUGAAGACUAUCACUAAAGGUGAUGCUGUUUCCGAACAACACAAAAUCAGCCCCACAGUGGGAUGAAAAAGAGCUCUGUAUGUAAUGGUGGAUGGAUAUGAAGCAUAAGGUAUGAAUCAUAACACACAAAAAUGUUGUGAGUGCUCUUCUCCCUGUAGUGCACAGUAAAGCACCCCCUUGAUAAUGGAAGAUAUGUUCUGUGGCAGGGGGAGGAUUUUUUCUGUGACAGUGAAACCAGUUGUCCAGCCUGGGAGCCAGGCUCCUUUUAAUUUCAAAUGUAUGAAACAUGCAAAUAUAUAUAGAGAUAAGCAGAGAGAGAAGGGGAGAAAGAGAGAGAAUGAGAUAAAGAGCAGCAGAGAGAGAGAAAGAGGUACAGAGAAUUAUACAUGAGUGAAGGCCUUGUACCUGGCCCCCUCCUCCUCCUCACUCAGACCCAUAAUAAGCAGACUUCACUCACCAAAGACUCUGAAGCUGACUGCACAUAUUUCACAGGAUGCUGUGAAGAGACAGAAUGAAAAGCAAAUGCAGACAAAGCCCAAACACAGAUGCAAUACUCCUCUUCUGAAUGGUUCUCCUCAUUCUCAAGAUUCAAAAGAAACUCGCAAUCUUCCAGAACUCUUUCAGGACUAAUCGUGUUGCAUCAUGCCGUACCGUUUCUCAGUGUGGAACAAACACAAUGGCAUGUUUUACAGCUCAAUGGUGUUCAUGGCACAUCCAAAAAGAAUGUGUCUUUCUCAGUUUUAACCUGUAAGUAUUUGGAUUCAAAGGUAUUCUGUUGUCUUUGUAGGCCUGGAAACCCUGUCUCCCUACAGGUCCAUAUGUUACAGGAUUAAUAGUGCCAGUUAAAUUUGGUUUUCUUGUGUAGAUACAAUAGGAGGCUGAGGCCUCACAAGUACUGAUCUGUCUUUGUAAUAGAGGUCUUGGUUUAACUGACACACUUUUAUUAUUGUGCUAAACCUUAGAUGUGUUCUUUAAUUCCCACCAUCUGAGAGCGUUUUUACAAGGGCAAACUGCAAAAACACACACACAAAAAAAGUGAAGUGACACACUGAAGUCGGCGAAUAAGAGGAUAGGCGUCAUCUGUUAUAACCUUUAAUUCAAGGUUUCACAGCCGUCCUCUUUGGCUGACAUGCGUUAUGCACCUCUAUUUAGGAUAGCUAAACGGGCAGCCACAGGUAUGGGGCACUUCCUUUCGAUAUCGGGGGUUUUCACCAAGAAAGUCCACUGCUGGAGGAAAAGGCCCAUCUUAACGAGGCCCAUCACUGCCGUAUACACUGGGCAAAACUCAUGAAGGAGACAUAACGUCAUUUUUUUUAAAUAUUUUUUUUUUAUUGGACAAUAAAUGACCAUUCUAAAGGACUGCAGUUGUUUUUGAUGAUUUCUUUUACAGAUGACUCCACAUGCACGCUGGUUUAGAGUUUCUCAUUCACACUUAACUGAAAAGUCUCCUAUUUUAUUCUGCAGUUUUUUUUUUUCUUUCUUUCCUUUUAACACAUUCUGUGCCAGACAGCGUCUUUCAGAACCACCUAAAGAAAGCCUAUCCCGGC